AUGCCCGACCCACUCAAACUAAGUAGGUUGCAGCAACAUCGGGAAGCCGAGCGGGUAGAAAGUCGCCUACCUCCCCCAGGGCAUGAGCAAUCACAGCCUCCGAGAGUGGAAAAGACGCAGGCGUCGGGGAGAAACAUAUCUCACACGAUGGCAGAGAGUUCGGCGGCCAACGAGGGAUUGGUCCUUUCCCGACACCCGAUCCAAGCGUCGGGGAAUUUCCCGUUCACUCAAUUCAUAUUGGAGACCCCGUUGCCCGAUAGAUGGAAGAUGCCGACGUUCGACAAGUAUGACGGGACGACAAAUCCUGAUAAUCACAUGCGGGUCUUCAUCCACCAAAUGAUGUUCCAUGUUAUGAGCGACCCGAUCUGGUGUCGCGUUUUCUCGACCUCCCUGACGGGAGAGGCGUUGGAGUGGUUCUUUGAGCUGCCGGUCAACAGUAUCGACUCCUUCGCCACUCUGAAGGCUAGGUUCAGCACACAGUUUGCCCCUCUGAGGCCGGCUAUCCUGACGGUAGAUAACUUAGUUAACAUCCGCCAGGAAGAUGGGGAGUCGCUCAGGAGUUAUCUCGAUCGAUACAACUGCAUGUCGGUCAAGAUAAAAGACCUUAGUGAUGAGAUCGCUCGGCAUCACUUUUCGUACGGACUGCAAUCACAAUCAGGUGUGUUCGCAGAUAAGAUCAGCCGCAAGAAGCCAAAGACGAUGGAUGAGAUGAGGGAGCGAGCGACCAAGUUCAUCCAGAUGGAGGAUAUGCAGGAGUUUAGGGUGAAGAAGAGGGCAAAGGAAGAUGCAACAUCACAAAAAAGCGCUCCCCGACCGAGCAAACCUCUGGCUCGACCUAACGAGAAAAGAACGCCCAAAUUCACCACUUAUACCCACUUGGCCGUUCCCCGGGCGAAGAUCCUCCAAGAAGCCUUCAGCGCCGACUCACUUCCAGCGUCCAUAAAGAAACCCCCAUCUCCCGACGCCGAUGGCAGCAAGCAUUGCCAGUACCAUCGGACGAUCUGCCAUACCACUGAGGAGUGCCAUACGCUCCGCGACAAGAUUGAGGAACUAAUUCGCCAAGGGCACCUGAAGAAAUACAUUCAGCAGGACCGUCCCCAGCGCAGCCCGAUCGGGAACAGAAGCCUGGCACGAAGACAAGCCCAUGCCAGGUGGGAGAAGCGGCAAGAAAGCGAGCGCGAUAGGCGAAGGAGGGAGUCGUCUAGAGCCCACCGAAGUCUGAGGAGAAGCCGUAGCCGGAGCAGAGACAAACCCCUGAGGGGUUACAUCAACACAAUCUCAGGUGGGUUCGCCGGAGGAGGAUCGAGCUAA